GGCAAGUCGCUAUAAAUACAUUUCUUGAAGGUCUGAAGAAAAAUCAGGAUGCCUUCCAAGAAAAGGUUUUAGAAAAAAUUAACAUUCUUGUGGAGAAAUCAAAUAUGCAAGUAGUUGAAAAAAAUAUUCCGCAAGACUGUAGUGGUGAGUCAACUACCAGUAAUAUAAGAACUCCACGUGAACUUAGUCGAACAUUGAAAAAUUUAUCAAAACAAGAUGGCUACCAGUUCAUACCAGAAGAGAGAAUUGAAUCUGUGCGAAAUAGUGGUGUGAGAGAGAAAUUGAAUAAUGUUUUAAAGGACAAGUUUCAAGACAAAUUUACUCAUUUAGAGUAUCAAGUUUCUGUGACACAAAGAUACAAUAGUGAAAGGGUAAAAUUCCGUGAAAGUCAAAAUCCUGAUUUUGGCGACCAACAAAAAUCGAGAAGAAGGAUUCGAAGCAGACAGCAUAAGUUAAUGAAAAGACGGCAACUAAAAGUUUUAGAGAGUGAGAGGCCUAUAUGGAAGCACGUCAAGGCAGAGCUUAUGUCAGAAGAAGAGGGCGAGAUUGACGGAGCAGUGCUAUGUCAGAAGCCAAGUUGGCGAACGGACAAACUCAAUGAAAUAAUAAAUACAAUUGACGAGCGCUUAAAAGCGGACCCAAAAUUUAGGGUCUUGAUGAAUCGACGAAAAUACGCUCAACGCCCAUGCAGCCGACCUCGGCCAACAAAGUACUUUCCUGCUGAACUGGUUCAACCAGAAUAGUUUUUUGUUAGCUCCGAUGUCGAGCGAAGCUUAUCAUAUGAGUGAUUGAUUGU